ACCAAAUUAUUUUCAUUAAAUGUUAUAAAGUAGAAAUAAUGUAUCUUAUAGUGAAAUAUUUAUUUAAAUUAAACACUAGUUGCAUCUGUUAAAUUAAUAUAAGAUAAAAUAGGUCGGUAAUCAACUAAUUCAGUAAUUGUUUUGGUUAUUAAAUCCAUAGCUCACAAUAUGGCUCUCGAUUUACAUCGUAAGUACAUCGAAAGAAGGCAAGACAGUGCACCGUUACAGGUGUCAGUCAAAGACAUAAUAAAUUCUAAAUAUUACUUGGAUCCUCUGGAGCUGUUGGGUGAGCGGAGCUUCAACGAACCUCGAGAAGUUGAUGAGUCCGAAAUCGGAAGCCCAAUACAAGAGUUUUUCAGGGAUGGAGUCGUAUUUUUAACCGGCGGUACAGGUUUUAUGGGCAAGGUUCUAGUGGAAAAACUACUCAGAACAUGUCCACACAUAAAACACAUUUAUUUGCUGAUCCGAUCUAAGAAGGGGAAAAACGUCGAUGAACGAUUGGAAGAUAUAUUUGAAGACAGGUUGUUCAAAAGAUUAAAAUAUGAAGUUCCCAAGUAUUAUCAUAAAGUUUCCGGAGUAGCCGGUGACUGCAGUUUGCCGGGUCUAGGAUUAAGUGCAAGCAGUCGAAAUACACUGAUUAAAGAAGUGAACAUAAUAUUCCAUGGAGCAGCUACUGUGCGUUUUGAUGAACAUAUUCGAGUGGCUAUGGACAUAAAUGUUUCUGGGACAAGAGAAUUGAUAAAUUUGGCCAAGACAAUAACCAACUUAAAGGUCGUAGCACAUAUUUCCACUGCAUUUUCAAAUUGCAACCGAUUGCACAUCGACGAAAAAUUUUACGAUCCUAUUGCUGACUAUAAAGAUGUAUUGAAAUUGGUUUCUUCUACCGAUGAUCAAACACUUCACGGUAUGACUAGCAAAAUCCUUGGCGAUUUACCAAACACUUAUUCUUUUACGAAAUCCUUGGCAGAAGAUGCCAUUCGAAGAGAAGCUCAAGAUCUUCCAAUAUUAGUUUUCCGACCCACCGUGGUGGUUGGUACUUACCGGGAACCAGUUAGAGGCUGGAUAGAUAAUGUAUAUGGUCCAACCGGAAUCGUAGUUGGAGCUGGUACCGGAGUACUUCAUACAUAUUAUCUCGAUUCUAAUAUUGUAACCGAUAUAAUUCCCGUCGACAUUGUUGUAAACGCUCUUAUAUGUGCUGCUAAAGAAACGGCAACUGCAAAAGUGGCACAUGAUGAGAUACCAAUAUAUACAUGUUCAAGUUCAAUACAAAAACCAAUUAAAUGGAAAGAGUUUAUCGAGUUAAAUGAACGUUAUGGUAUGCAGUGGCCUACAAUUCGGGCGAUUUGGUAUUCUUCGUUUUGGGUUACUAAAAAUCCAUAUUUAUACGCAAUGUUAAAUUUUUUUUGUCACGUUGUGCCUGGGUAUACACUGGAUACAUUGGCUCGUUUUUCUGGACAAAAACCAAUAUUGAUGAAUAUUUAUAAGAAGAUUGAUAAAGUACGCGAUAUACUGGCAUAUUUCUCGGACAAAGAAUGGACGUUCCCUAAUGAUCGAUUACUAGCGUUAUGGGAUACUCUCGACGGCCAAGAUAAAGAAUUAUUCAAUUUCGACAUACAUCAACUGUCAUGGGAUUAUUUUUGUCAGGCAAACUGUCUUGGUUUAAGAGUUUAUCUCGUAAAAGAUGAUAUACACACAUUGCCUGCGGCCAGGAAAAAAUGGGAAAAAUUAUACAUAGCACAUAAUAUUCUGUUAAUAUUUGUGUACGGAAUUGUGUUGUGUUGUCUCUGGUUGAUUGUGUGUGUACCACUAAAAUUGACUGGGCUCAUGUAAAACAAUUCGUGGAAACUUAAACAUACACACAGGAUGUAUUUUUACCAAUUAAUUAAAUAUAGGUUACAUAAACCUAUGUGAUAAGUGAUAAUUGUUGAAUUCAAGUCAGAGUACCUAUAGGUAGUAUUAUAAUAUUUACUGUCCAAAUCGAAUCAUACCUAUUGACAAAUAGUUUAAACUUCGUGUAUAUAAUAUUAUGAUAGUAUACGCCGUUUAUGAUUACUAAUGAAAGUCAUCAAAAAAAAAAAAAUGUAUAAUAAAAACAAUAAUGAAAAUUAACCAAACCGUUUUAAAAGAAAUUUUAAACAUUUAAAAUAGUAUAAUUCAAGUAGGUAACCUUAUUGAUGUUAAUAGACAUUUUUUGAUAAAAAAACUAUUAGGUACCUACCUAAAAUAAAAGUUCCCUGUUCCAAAAUGUUUAUUUUUGUAAUAAAUGUUAAAUAUAUUAGCUUAUACCAAUUUAUUAUUAUCCAAUAAUACUGUUAACUAUACUUUAAAUGACUACCUACACGUCUUAUUCGUAUUAUUUCGUCGUAUAUAUAUAUUUUUAAAAACAUUUUCUGUACCUAUCUAUAAAAACUAUAAAAUAAAUAUAUAUUAUAGAGUAUAGACGAUUACACUUUGUUGAUGCCUAAGUAAACGGUAAUCGUUUUAUUUUUAUUUACUUAUAUUAUAUCCAUACAACCCUGAGCCUUUGAAUAAAAUUUUUUCGAGUGUUCGAAAGUACUGAAGUACCUAGGGAGUUUAAAUUUAAGAUCUAAGAUUUAAUUAUUAUUGCAUAAUCAUUUUUAUGAUAUCUGUGAAAUACAAACUUGUAUUUCCUAAUUUCUAGCUUUUAAGAUUUGCUUAGAAGUAGGAUAUUAUUGUUAGAUAUAAUAUUAAUUGAUUUACGUUUUAAUUUGUUUACCAUUGGUUGCAUUUCAUAUUAUAUAAUAUAUAGGUACCUAAUUUACUUGAAACGUUUUAAAUGAAUAUGAUUUUAUAGAUUUAAUUGUAUUGUAAUAAUUUAACAUACCUACCAAACAAUUGUUUGUUCUUAUAUAAUUAGUUAUUUUUUUUACUUAAGUAAUAUAAAAUUGUUGUGGAUAUUUUAAAGAAAUAUUUGUUUAUAGUGUAUGUAGUAUGUGUUAUUGUGCCAUGUAUGGGAUCGUCUCGGCGUAUCAUAAGUUCGAAAGAGUUCGAAAAGUAUACAGCUUGUAUUAAUAAUUGUAAAAUAGGAUAACGUUGAGUUGAGUUAACUCUUCUGCGAAUAAAAUUAUAAGCAAAGCAACAAAACCAUGUAAAAAAACAUUGGAAAAGGAACAAGUUUUACGGAAGCAGAUAAACAAAUAUUAUACAAAUGAACAAAUUUGCAGAUUUUUCUUUUUGAAAUCAGUAGCAUUUACAUUUUUACCAGCUACCAUUUAAAUGUUAUCAUUAUUAUAUUAUUACACAUAAUUAUUAU